GGAUUCUGAAUACAGAGCAGAGGGCAUGCGCGCUGAACAGGGGGAGGAGGUCUAUCACAGACUGUUUCUGAUGUUUGUGUUGACUCAAUUAUGGUGCAGAACUCUCAUUUUCUAGUCGCCUGUUCUUGAGAAAAGGAGGAAAAGUGAGGAGUUGUUUUUCUCUCUCUCUCUCUCUCUCUCUCUCACUCUCUCCAACAUUUACAGACUAUGAAUUGACGAUGUUGUUGUUUUGGAGUUUUUAGUUUCUUACAGGGGCAGUUAUUAUUUAUUAGCAUUAUUAUUAGAUUUUUUUUCUAACAAUCGAUCGCCCCCGCCGCCACCCUGAAGUUCAUUGUUAUUAUCUUGGCCGCCGGGAUGGUGGCCUUCAUGGGAGCGGUAAUCUGCAUCAUCGCAGCCGUCCACACCGGUUCCUCCAGGGCUGCCGCGGCACAACAGCAACCGGCUACCGACAACCACUCGCUGUAUCCGGACGCGCGGGCGCACAGCCCCGCUGCAGCGGGCUCGGUGGCCCGGGCCGCAUCUUUGGGCGCUCUCCAUGGUUCUGAAACCCCUGAUUCAGAAGCACCGACCUUCAACAUCGGGCUCAACGGGAUGGACGGGGUCACCGGACUCACGGGUCACGACCCAACGGUCAGUCGACUCAUUUGCACGCCGAUCCCCGCCGGAGAGUGCAACCCGAAAAACUUUCAGCAACAAGCGGAGGACCCGUCGCUGUACGCGGGGGAAGACUGGGGCUUCCUCCGCACCACCGCGGAAGAGCUCCGGCAGACCGUUCUGCAGCAAAAGGACCAAAUCUUGACGGACCAGCGGACCAUCAGGGAUCUGACGGGGAAACUAUCCGAGUGCGAGAAGGGGCUGGACGGCGGGGGCAGCCGCGCGGACAGACGCGGGAGCGCCGCGGGGCUGUGGGGGGGCAAAAGCACGGCGGAGGAGACGCACCUGGAGCGGAUCAUGGUGCGGGACAGCCCGGGUUCGACGACCGACGGCGUACACUUGCUCACCGUUCGGGCUGUAGAUGAGCUGGAGCAGGCUAUCACUCAGCUCAAAGACCGCAUAGAGAAACUGGAGUCAGACAUCGGCCCAUUUCCUCACAACCAGACAGACAGCAGCACCUCAGGGGCGCCAGAGGUAGGCGCUGUGUCGGGCGGCCCUGAAAGGUUGGCGGACCCCGGGCACAGAGCCGGUGCCGACAGGCCCUGGAGGAUGGAAGACUUGGAGGGGGAGCUGGAGAAGAAGGUGGAGCUGCUGGAGAAAGAGAGAAAAACCCUGAGGCUGGAAACGGAGAAGCACAGGCAGGAAAUCGACCAGGGCAUCAAUAAACUUCACCACCGACUCUCAGGGCUGGAGGGAGGCGUUUCAGGGCAUUCCUUCCCAGAGGGCUACAGGCUGUCCUUCCCAACUCGGACCAACUACAUGUACGCUGUUGUGAAGCACUCCGUCCCGGCUCUGCGGGCCUUCACCGCCUGCCUGUGGCUGCGGCCCGCGGAGGGAGGGAUCGGGACGCCUCUGUCUUACGCUGUUUCCGAGCAGCCCAACGAACUGGUGCUGCUGCAAGGCCUGCACACCCCCACCGAGCUGCUCAUCAACGGCAAGGUGGCACAGUUGCCACUCAACCUCUCCAGAGGCAGCUGGCAGCACAUCUGCGUAAGCUGGAGCCAGAAGGGAGGAGCCUGGCAGGCUUACCAGGGGGGAAAGCUGCGGGGCGAGGGCCACGCGCUGGCGGCCGGACAUCACAUCCGACCUGGAGGAGCGCUCAUUCUAGGGCAGGAGCAGGAUUCCCUGGGUGGAGGGUUUGACUCAUCCCAGGCCCUGGUUGGGGAGUUGUCCCAGGUUGGUCUUUGGGACCGGGUCCUGUCGGCCAACCAGGUGGCCAGCUUGGCCCGCUGUGGCCGAGUAACCCAGGGCAGUGUGGCCCCCUGGAGCGAGAACGGAGUUGAGGUUUACGGUGGAGCAACCAAGGACCCCGGAGAGCCUUGUAGUAAACACAACAGGAGUUCUCAAUGACCGAUGGGGGAAAGGGAAGUGACGGAAAGAAGGGUGGGGUAAAGUUGUAGCCCUUUCAAGAAGGUAGGAUUCUGCCGAUUUAUUAGCACUGGUACAGGAUCUUUUUUUUUUUUUUAAACAUCUCUAUGUGGCAUGGAAUGACAAGUUUGUAAAAAAAAAAGGAAAAUUAAUGGUAUGCAUAUAUAUAUGACGUGAGUACUCGAGGGUUUGCAGUCACUUUACCACACUUCUAAUCAACGCCAUCAUGGAGGCCCUGUAGAAAUUUGUACAAUACAAGAUGAGAUUCCUCAUAAAUAUAGCUGAUUAAAUUUGUAACCCGAUUCAGGCCACACUAAACUAUUUUGUCUUUGGGCCAAGCAAAUGUAAUCAACUAAUGUACAUAUUAACUACGUGAAUACGAGUAAGCCAUUGAACCUUCUGCUGGUUAUUAAUUUGUGAGCGAACGCUUAAGCAUAUGUCAGCUGACCAAAAGUAGUAUCAUUAGCUAUCUAACAAACAGUUUUUAACCUUUUUAAAAGGAAUUGUUAAGCAUUUUGGAAAAUAUAUCCAUUCGCUUUUUGCUCAUUUCUGUACAGUAAAUCAGCAGCGAGUUUACUUAGCUGGGCAUGAAGACUAAAAAUGUAAGCGUGGCUCCGUCCAAAGGUAACGAGAUCUACCUAUUUAUUUUAUUUUUUAUAUAUAUUUUAUUUUACUGGGACAAUGCACACCAAUCAACAGUAAAACUGUAAGUGAGCCAGAGAGGCUAAUUUUCAUCUGAUGUCCCUAGCCAGAUUUGUUUGAAGGUGGCCAGAAGUUACAAAAUGUCCAAUAACAUAAUGCAACUAAAAUUCACAGACAGUGACGUUUGGAAAAAAACAAUUCACAUAUAAGCAAAAGAGAGGUGUACCUACAGUAUGAGCACAUAUAUAUCACUGAGGCACAUAACAUACAGCAACACUGAACAAGAAAAAUGCACAUAAACACCAAACAAGCAUGACAGACGGCACAUUAAUGCUUCACAUCCGAUUGGCAAAAAGCCGCUCCUUAAGGCAAUGUUUGAAUGUUUUGUACGUGUUCUUUUCUACCAGCUCACCAAUUAACAUGUUAUAUCCUGUUUGAGCACAAAUAUUUCUUUAAAUUAGUCAUUUUGAGACUUUUUGUAAAAAUAUGUUAAUUUGUGAGCUUUAGGCGAAAUAUGUUUCGUUUGGACAAAGCUAUGCUGUCUUUUUGCCCGGCCCUCCUGGCGUGCAUAGCUAUAUGUGAGCUUUUUACCAAAUGCUCAAGAAAAGACUCUCAAGAACGCAAACAAGUGUAUCUCCCGAAAUUUUGAACUGAAAUCUUGUAUCGGAUAAGAGGAGCUGUAAAAAAAACGUGCAAACAUGACCACUAUCUAUUCAUUCUUUUGAGAGGGCCCAGGCUUUGGAGAACUUCAACGAGUCGCUUGUGGUUGACCUCCAUUAUGGCUGCCAGACGUUGUGUAAAACCUCUGAAAUCCCUCCGUGAGUGCAGCGGGGUCGGGGUAGAGCUAAUUAAGAGCUGUGACAGCUUUGGAGUUGGGAGUCAAGGUAAGGUGAUGAAAAGUGUUGGAGAAAGUGGUGUGAAUAUUAAGUAGUAGAUGGCACCAAGGGUAGAUGAUGAAAGAGAAGGGAAAGGAGUAGGAGGGGGAUGGAUUGGGCACUUUUAAGGAGUGAUGCCACAUUGUUUUCACCUCUGCAUGAUGUAUUCACAUACCUGUAAUGUCUUGCCACUGCACAGUGCCUCCUGCAUCAUGGCUGGUAAGUGGCUGUUUAUGCGUUUGUCUAUAAAGGCCCUAAGCGUCUCCAAAUAAGUUAUUGAACAAAUCUAAAACAAGUCUUAUUCACGAAUGAAUUCAACACCGCUAGCAGAAUGUUACUCUUUUUUUUUUUUAAGGGCGCUGCAUAUAUAUAUUUCUGAAAAGCCUUUACCCCAUUUAUGUAAUUAUGUGCACUCUUUAUGUUCUUUGAAAACAUGUUAAAUCGAGAUUACGAUACAGCGACCAACGUGGAGAAUAUAUUCACCCCAAUUUUAUACAUGCAGCCACUCAAUAAUGCGGUUCGACGAAUGAACAACCUGCAACCUCCAACUCUUCCAACCUUCCGACAUUCCAUGCAUGAGUUGUACUGUAUGUUUGUUACACGCCAAGGUGCAUCCUGUAUGUUUCUGAAAAUCCAUUCACUGUUGUGUUGAGACAUAACGUUAAAUACAGAUUGUCCAUUUCACCAUUUCUAAAAUAACUGGCUCUCCCCAGCACACACAAAAAAAAUAUCCUUCGUGGAAAGUGCCUGUCCGGGUGUUUGAACCCAUGUAAACAAAUCAUUUAAUUUAACGUCCUGAUGGAAAAUUCCCACUGCGAGAUAUUCUGAACUAAUUAAGCAUCAGUGAUUCUGUGAACUCCCUGGUGGAUUUUUAAGAUUUAGACGGUUUGAUGAAACAUUUGAAAACACAGGACUUCUUUGCAGUGCCGCCAAACUGAUGCUAAAUCAGGUCAAAAUCCUCUUGCUGUGCCUAAUAGUGUCUUUGAUGAUGUCUGUUAUUACAAAUAUUAUGCCUGUUGUCGGUUCAGCUUGUUUCAGAGCAUUUUUUGUCUUUUUGAUAGUUGUGUGGCAUUAUUCUCUUUACAGUUAUUGGAAUUCAAGACUUUUGGCAGUGUUUUCUUACAUCAGCUUUUUAUUUUUUUUCACUGUAUGCAUAUGUGUCUAGUUUGUAUAAAUACUGUAUGUCCACGUCUUGUAUGGUGUUGUAUUGUUCUGCAUAUUUGCUGUGUACAAAACUCUUUAAUAAAGUCCUUUUCAGAUCU